GAAAAGUUCUCUAGAAGACGACUUUCAAUCCAUUCUCCAAGUUCCCUUCAUGGGAAUAAGAGCUAAAGUUAUAGAAGUUCCGGAGACACUGGAUAAAUUUAUUCCUCUUCAGGAAGUCCUGUUAAAACUAAAGGAGCAGAAGAAAGCUGAAUCUCAGUCUACGACUGAUGCUGGGCCCACAACCAGUAUUAUGACUGUUUUUCUUUCUGGAAGUAAGCCUGGUGAGUUUACAACUAGUUUGCGCACUGUCACUUUAACUCCGGAGAGACAAAAGAGAGAAAUAAAUCCGUCCCAACCCACCCAUCUUCCUCAAAUCCCAAUCACUCAGAUGGGCAUUCUUGAAGAUGUGGAUAAUGAUCAAAUAGAUUCUGAGUUGGACCUACAAGGAUCUAUUUUAAACAGUGAUUGCUUGAAUAGAGUCACUGUAACAGUAACAGUCACAGAAUCUGUUACAGUUACCAUCUAAAAGAGCAUCUGUAACACUAAAGUAACAGAAACUGUUACAGUUGCAAUCUAUGAGAAUAUAUUUAUCUGUGUAACAAUCACAGAAUAUGUUACAGUUACAAUCUACGAGAGUGACUGUUACAGUAGCAGUUACAAAAUCCGUUCCAAUCAAAGUUAUGAAAUAUGACGGAAAAUGAAAUUGUAUUCGUAUAGUGUACAUAAAUGUUAUAAAUCAGUGCUCAAUAUUGGUAGAGUACAUAAAUUUUAUAAAUCAGUGCUCAAUAUUAAACCUUGAUCAGUUAAAACAGUGAAUAUCGUCUUCUAUCAAGAAAUGUUAAAGGGACAGUCAGCUGUAAGCGACCCACAAUUAAAGAAUGCCUGAUUCACAUUCACAACGGUAUCCUUUAAAUCUUUAACUGAGCACUACACUGGAAACUUUACUAUUGGAAACCCUUAAUCUCGAUAGCUUACUUAAGAAUAUCCACUGUGGAAACUUAUGAUUUUCUUAAUCUUCUUUUUUGGUACACUCUGAUUCGUAGAAUUCUAAACACUUUAGUGUAAAACGAUUAUAAUAAUCUGGAGAUUAAAAAGAAGAGGAGAUCAAGCAUUGAUCUCGAUAUUCACAAUUCUAAAGUUUUCAGCGUUGAUAAGGAGGAAAUCGUUGUUUUUUUACCUUAAAAAGCAGUAACACUUGUUGAAUUUCAAAUUUUGACUCUAAAACACAAAUUUUCAA